UUCCUGGUGACACAUGUUCUUUACACGUCGGUGGUCUAUUUAAUGGGAUGUCUCCUCGCUGCAUAGAGCGGUUCUAUCUGGAUACAUUCGUGUGCUCAUUGUGUGAUUUAGAGCUAGUGCGAGCGCUGAGGCCGUUCGGUUCGGUGUUGUCGGUAGCGGCGAUGGUAGUUCCCGUGUCGCGGGGUUUUAUGCGACAACAAUGGGGCAUUGUGUACCAGUACUUGUCUACCUUUGUGUACAUCGCCCCCUCUACCAUCAUGUUCUACACGGCGUGUACCAUCCACACGAGAAGCAUGAUUACACUCAGCAGGCGCCCCCAAUGUGCGCUAUCCACGGGCGCAUCCCGUUGCUCGGCGUGCUAUCAUCCAAUGGGGAAAGCAUGCCAGGAGGGUCUUCAUAUACGACGAGGGACGCAGGAGCGGAGGUUGGCGGCGCGGUCAUUGAGCGGAUGACUGGGUGGUCGCCGCGCGGUGCAUCCUCCAGGUCCGUCUAGCCCCGUCGCCGCCUGCGUCGGCUGCCCCAUGACAAUUACUGUAAUGCGGAAGACAGACCGGGGCGCAGAUGAGCUUCAGACACGUCCCCUAUCGCGUAAUCGCGGACUCCGGCGAGUCAGAUCAUGGACUGAUAGUUACGACCUACCGCGGACG